GACGGUUACUAGCCAGACUAUGAGAACUCCCACCUAUUUCCACGCCAUACAUGUGACCAAUUGGGAAAGACCGCGCAGACCUCUGGGAGUGGUAGUCCUUUCGCUGCUCUUUGCAGGAGAAACUGAACAGCUAAAGAAACCGCAUUUCCCAUGAUCCACCUCUGAAUAGCGCCUGGGAUUCCGCCCGGGAGGAGACUUAGCUCUCAGCAGGAGCUCGCCUCACCUGGCGGGCGUUCCUGAGCUAGAGGACGAAGUACAGGUAGUCACUCUGCAGCCAGGGUUGGUAUUUUUCCAACAUAAGGGCUUCAAGAGGAAGGCGGCUUUAUGUGAGGAGGGGGCAACUAAAACAACAACUGGUUUCUCAGUUCCACUGGCAGCCGAGUCGGAGGCAUACAGUGGCCGCUCUCGUCUCUGUUUCUAGGCUCGCCCGUGGAUCAGCUGCGCCCGACGAGGCUUCGCUGUCAUCCCUUCCGCUCUUCAGGAUCUUUUCUUAGCAUGAGUCUGUGGGCUCGGGUAGGAAUCUUAGGCACCCUGGCGUACUGCGUAGCAAGCAAAAGGAGAGUCCUGGCCGAACCGAGAAGGAGCAAAACUCCGCGCAGCAGCAAUGACCCGCUGGAGCUGAAGCUGGUGCAGGUCCUUUUUCGGCACGGAGCCCGUACUCCUCUCAGGCCUAUCCCAGAUGUGGAGCAGGUGGAGUGGAAUCCUGCUCUUUUGGAGACCCCUGUUCAAACAGAGCUUGACUACACAGUAACAGACCUUGCUGGUGGGCCAAGGCCUUAUUCUCCUUAUGAAGAAAAGUACAAAAAAAUUGUGCUAAAGGGUGGUACGAUUGCUGGGCAGCUGACAAAAGUAGGCAUGCAGCAAAUGUUUGCACUGGGGGAAAGGCUAAGACGACGUUAUAUUGAGGAGAACCACUUCCUCUCGCCAGCGUUCAAGCCUUCUGAGGUCUUUGUUCGUUCCACUAACAUUGUUCGGAAUCUGGAGUCUACGCGGUGUUUGCUAGCUGGGCUAUUCCAACAGCAGAAAGAAGGACCCAUUACCAUAGUGACAGACGAAGCAGAAUCCGAAAUCCUUUAUCCCAAUCCAAUGAACUGCCAACUACUGAAACUUGCGAACAGGGAGAGGUUGGCCAGUGUGUUUCUGCAGCCAGUUAUCGCUGAGGAUCUGAAGACCAUUAAACAGAAAAUGGGCAUUGACAGCAAGAAUGAGGUGGACUUCUUUCUCCUUCUUGACAACUUAUUUGCAGAACAGGCACAUGAUCUGCCUAGCUGCCCUGUCCUGAAGAGUUUUCUGCAAGUGAUUGAGCAGAGGGCUGUAGAUUCACUCCUUUAUGUCACAAAAUAUAAUUUAAGAGAGACUCUUCAGAUGUCAGUCGGUCCUCUCCUCAAUGUAAUAGAGGAGAACAUUAAGGGGGCAGUAGAUCCUUCCUCUCCUGAAAUCAAGACCAGGAAGCUCAUUCUAUAUGCUGUUCAUGAUGUUACCCUCUUUCCAUUGCUAAUGGCUCUGGGGGUGUUUAAUUCCAAGUGGCCUCCAUAUGCUUCAGACAUGACACUGGAACUCUACCAGUGUGCUAAGGACUGGUUUAUACGGUUGAUCUACAAUGGAGAGGAACUGGUUCCAAGAGGAUGCAGAGCUCAUCUCUGUCCACUGGAGGACUUUCUCAAUGCCUUUUCGACCUAUAGCACAAAUCCAGAGGAAUAUAAAAUGCUUUGCUCCCAGUCACAGGAAACACUUAACAGAUGAUGAUUUAGUAUCCCUAAUUGGUUGUUACAACUUUGUCUUUUUAAAUACUAUAAAAGAAAUGUCAUUCAUUCAUGGCUUAUCUCUGUUAACAGGACAGUUUGAGUAGGCAGCAAACAGCUUCCUGUAGUUAACUGAGGUGAAUACUGCUUCCAUUUUGGAGAUGGGGUCAUUGCCUGCAAGUAAGAGUUGGUGGUGGCUUAACAUCCAGAAGGCUCUUACUGUAGCCCAAUUUUUUUCAAUGAAGAGAAUUAGAGAUGCCUUCUACUAAAUCCAGGCCAAUAUCCCAGUGCUGUCCCUCCAUGGACAGAAGGCAUCAAUCAGCUGAAAAGGGGAGGCAGGCAGGCAGGCAAUUUUCAAUCUUCCUUUCCCCCUGCCAAAUGUGCUCCAAAACAUCCCAACCCUAAAAGGAGGGGAGUGGAAUUGCUGAAAAAUGCCUGUCAGUAAAAGCAGAUGAAAUGGAUACCAACCACUCUGGAUCUAUUGCCAUCUGUGUUUUUGAGCUCCACUUUCACGCUUGCAACAUUAUGGUCCACCUUCAAAAGUCUUAAAUUUUUCAGUUAAGACCUUCAGGGUCUUGAAUCCAGGUCUAAUCUUUCUAAAGAAACACUAUCUUAAGUUUUCAAUUGUCCUUUAGUAGCUAAACUAAAAUAUUGUUAGUCUUUCAAAAUUCUCCAGGCUAGGGGUGAUUAACUGCUAGUCUAACCAUACACUGUUUUACUUGUUCCUGAACCCCUACAUAGCCUUGCCACUGUUAGAAACUACAGCCAUUAGCAGGGCAGAGUCCCUUCCCUUGAACUUUCUUCCAGCUACUUUAUUAAGAACUAUUUUUGCCAUACUCUGUAAGAAAACAGCAGUUGGCUGAUACUGCCAGGCUUUAGGUGAGCUUGCUCUGAAAAUUCUUUCAUUGGAACUGUUAAGGAAAUAGUACAAUUGGCUCAAAUGCAAAAACAAAUGGGAACUAGCUGUCUCAACCCUGGAAAUUGGAUACAAGCAGUUAAACAAUAGUUUGGGUGCACUUUGUCAGACUGAACGUUAAAAGAGCAGGAGGCAAUGUUAAUAUAACCCACCCAAGUGUCAGACAGGUGGAUAGUCACUGGGUAUUCAAAAUGGCUGCUGCUUACAGUGACAGCAGCACUUGUAUUAAUCAUGUUAAACCAGAUUGGUAUUGUGCUGUGGGAAGGGACAACCAGAAUCAAUGUAGAUGCUACAGUAAACUCUGUAUCUAAACAGUA